GAUUUACAAAACUCUAUAAACUCUUUCCAAAGUGUAUAUGGUAACUACUCAAAUACGACACAGCCAGCGACAACACCACUUGUCAUAGACCCGUUCUGAAAGCUGCUAGAUGAGCAUAGUGGGCUGGUAGCAUGUUGUCUUUUUUGGACGACAACAAAUGUGACAGUGGGCUGGUAAUUUGGUUUAUGUGAUGCACAUGCCUUGCGAAUUGCAUCAAGAUCAAAGAGAAGUACUUGGUAAAAUUGUCCUUCACUAACCCCAUCCUUGUAGAAUAUAAUUCUCUCUGGCUUAUAUCCAGUAGCUCGGCGGAAGGACAUGAGCCACUCUUUUAUCAUGCCACCAUUUAGAUUCCCUUUAAGAGGGUCUUGCCACGUUUUGUAAAGGUCUUCAAUGAGCUCUUGCCGGUGCGCUUCAUGAGCAGUAACUAAACAACUCUUGCCCGAAUGUUUGCUAUGAAAAUUAGCAUUCAAGCUAUAAUUGAUGGUCAUAAAGUAUGCAAACUUUAAACAUGUUUAUUUUUUCUAAACUUGGCAUAAAUUAUUCUUAUUUAGGAAAUAACAAUAACUAUAAAAACUAAAAUACAAAAAAAAACAGCAAAAAUGAGAUAGGAACUAUAUGGGGUAAAUUAUACUCCCGGAGUACACCAACUUCAUAACGGCGCGCGAGCUUCCCUUUCACUAAAGGAAUUUCUUCUCUCUCUCUCUCGAUCGAUUUUAUUGACUAGGAAUGGCGGAGACCUGGCCUGCGGCGGUGAGGGGCGGAGCAGCGGUGUGAGGCAGUAUGUCAGGUCAAAGGUGCCUCGACUCCGGUGGACUCCCCAUCUUCACUCCUGCUUCCUCCAUGCCGUCAAUGCCCUUGGUGGCCACCAUAGUAAGCACCGCUUUCUCUUUCUCUAUAUCUCAUUCUCUCUUUAAAGUCUUUUUGGGAAUCAAAAUUUUAUCAGGUUGCCGGCGGCAGAGGCAACGCCGAAGCUGGUGCUCCAAAUGAUAACAUUCCCGACCUCCUAAUGUCUCAUGUUAAAAGCCAUCUUGAGGUUUGUAACACUCCUUCCGUUCUUUUUUAAAUGCAACAUUGGACUUUUUCUACUAUUCACAUGUUCUACUUUGACUCAAUUUUAUUUAUUAAUGUAUUAUAUAUUAAAUUUGUAAAAAUAUUGUUAAAUUCCUCACGUUUUGAAUUUUGAAAAUCUAUUUUUUUUUAAUUUUUUUUACAAAUAAGGGAUGAAGAUAUUAAUGGUCAAACUUGUGCGUUGUCAAACGUGAAAAGUGGACCGUUGCAUUUAAAAAAGAACGGAGGAAGUACUACCUCCGUCCCAAAAUUAACUUCUCAGUUUGACUUCACACAGAUUAAGAAAAUAAAUUUGACUUUACUGUGGAGUGCACUGUUUUGCACUGUUUAAACACUGUUUGGACACUGUUUGGCACUGUGCGACACUUUUUUGAUGUAGAUUAUUUGCCAAAUAAGGAAAGUUUUGAAGUGUGAAGUUAAUUUGGGAACUGCCCGAAAAGGAAAGUGACAAGUUAAUUUUGGAACAGAGGGAAUAUUUUUUUUUUAUUUCCCAUCUCAUACGGAGUGCGAAGUAUUUUGUAUAUAUAUGAUCAUUUCUUUCGGAAACAGAUGUACAGGAGCUUGAGGCCUGGUUUGGUAGAGCAAGGUAGUUUCUUUUUCAUGCUUAUCUUUUCCAUUUCUCAUUCUCUCUCUAAAGUCUUUUUGGGAAUCACCAUUCAAAACAUUCCCGACCUCACCAUCUCUCAUGUCAAAAGCCAUCUUCAGGUUUUAAUAAAAUUAUUUAUUCUCUUUUGAUGAAGUUAAAUAAAUCAAGUCUCUUUAUUUAUUCUUUUUUGAUUUCCCAUCCUUUUUAUAUCAUGUCCUUUGGAAACUAAUGUACAGGAGUUUGAGGCCUCGUUUGGCAGAUCAAGGUAGUUUUCUUUUCAUGCUUAUUUUUUCUAUUUCUUUUCAAGAUCGUCAUUCUAAAAUUGGAUUGAUUUCUUUUUAUCUUUCGGUUUUUGUUUUUUCUGGCGGAGUUAUUGAAGAUUCUCAAAAUUGGAAAAACAAACAAGCCCUUGCUAGUACAGUCAACGGGAUGAUCCAAAAGCAUUCACAAUGGGUCUAUGACAAGUGGUGCUGUUGCUCGCGGUGUCGUAUUUGGGUUGUUACCAUAUACAAAUUUUGGAAAGAGUUUAUAGAGUUUUGUACAUCUACUAUGUUACUUGAUUUGACCGAGGAUAUAGACUCUUUUUUUGCUAAUUGUUCGUUUCUUAAGUUAUUCGAUCCGGCCCUUAUCCGACCAUUACAAUAGUGAAAUCACUUAGUUCAUUCCAUCAUUGUUGGAUCGGCCCCUAAGUUACAAUUUAAAUUUUAUUUGGCAGAGAGGACAAUUAACAUUUUUAAAUUCUACUGAACCAUAUACUUGAAAUAAAGUGAUUGGCACAACAUUGAGC